GAGUAUCGCCUGCCCCCUGCUGGCUGCUUUGGGACGCUGAUCCGUUCAGCUGUCAGUGUGCGCCGUGUCCUGUGUGGGUAAAGCUUUGUGAGUUUGAAUGUAGCCGGAAGAAGGGAAGGAAGAUGCCGGCUGCUGCUGUCAUGAAGUCUCACUGCCAGUAAGAUGAGUGAGAUCGUAGAAAGGACUCUGAGCGCGCUGCCUGGCCUUAUCCUCCAGGACUCGCCGUCCGGGGCCAGUUCUAAACUGGGAAGUCUCAUCCGUAGCAUCACGGCUCUCACUUCCAGACAGGAAGAAGAAAAGUUAAUUCAGCAGGAGCUUGCUAAUUUGAAAAUAACUGUUUCCUCUCCAAACACGACGCUGAGGCAGAUGAAGGAAUGCAUGGUAAGAUUUAUUUACUGUGAAAUGCUGGGAUAUGAAUCUGGAUUUGGUUACAUUCAUGCAAUCAAGUUGGCCCAACAAGGGAAUUUGCUUGAAAAAAGAGUAGGGUACCUGGCAGUGUCCUUAUUCCUGCAUGAAAACCAUGAACUAUUGCUUUUGUUAGUGAAUACAGUUUUAAAGGACCUGCAAAGCACCAACCUGGUUGAAGUAUGCAUGGCACUUACUGUCGUAAGCCAAAUCUUUCCAAAGGAAAUGAUUCCAGCUGCCCUACCACUGAUAGAAGACAAGCUGCAGCAUUCAAAAGAAAUUGUGCGGAGGAAAGCAGUUCUGGCAUUAUAUAAAUUCUAUCUGAUAGCGCCCACUCAAGUUCAGCACAUCCACGAGAAGUUCAAGAAAGCACUUUGUGACCGAGAUGUUGGCGUCAUGGCUGCUUCACUUCACAUAUAUUACCAAGUGAUCAAGGACAACCCAUCUGGUUACAAGGACCUGACUGGCUCUUUCAUUACCAUUUUAAAGCAAGUAGUUGGAGGAAAACUGCCUGCAGAUUUUAAUUAUCAUAGUGUCCCAGCACCAUGGCUUCAGAUUCAGCUCCUGAGGAUCUUGAGAUUACUAGGGAAAGAUGACCCUAGGACAAGUGAGCUAAUCUAUGAUGUGUUGGAUGAAUCUUUAAGGAGGGCAGAAAUAAAUCACAACAUCACCUAUGCCAUUUUGUUUGAGUGUGUGCAAACUAUUUAUACGAUUUACCCAAAAGCAGAUUUAUUCGAAAAGGCAGCAAAAUGUAUUGGAAAAUUUGUGCUGUCCCCAAAGAUCAACCUUAAGUAUUUAGGUUUAAAGGCACUUACAUAUGUUAUUCAACAAGAUCCUAAUCUGGCACUUCAGCAUCAAAUGACAAUUAUUGAGUGUUUGGAGCACCCAGACCCCAUCAUUAAAAGAGAGACUCUGGAGCUGCUGUACAGAAUCACUAAUGGCCAGAAUGUGAUUGUUAUUGUACAAAAAAUGUUGGAGUAUCUGAAGCAAAGUAAAGAUGAAUGUACAAUAAUUGCUUUGGUUGGCAAAAUAGCAGAUCUAGCAGAAAAAUAUGCUCCGAACAAUCAGUGGUUUAUUCAGACCAUGAAUGUAGUGUUCUCUAUUGGAGGGGAUGUGAUACACCCAAACAUACCCAACAACUUCCUUCGACUGCUCGCUGAAGGAUUUGAUGAUGAAAAAGAAGAUAGACAGCUGAGGCUUUAUGCAGUGCAGUCUUAUCUUGCCUUGCUGGAGACCAAGAAUGCUCAUUACCCCCAGCGCUUCCUUCAGGUUAUCAGUUGGGUACUUGGAGAAUAUGCCUACCUUGCAAAACCUAAAUCUGUGGAAUCCGUUAUGACAAAACUGUAUGACGUUCUCAAACGAACCUCUGUUACCUCUGAAACAAAAGUCUGGAUUGUUGCAGCUAUAACCAAACUUGCUGCACUCAGUCCACACUGUUCUUUGGUUGACAGAUUAAUCCAGGAGUUUAGCACUUGUCUGGACACGUUAAUGAGGCAGCAUGUAAGCGAAUUAAAACUGCUGCGAGCGGAUGGCCCCCUAAUGCAGAAACUCUUUCCAGUUGACUCCAGCUGUGAAGAUUUAAUGGUAGAUGCUUCAUUGUCCUUUUUAGAUGGGUUUGUUGCAGAUGCACUUGGCAGUGGGGCAGCCCCAUAUAUUCCUCGUCAUCAGCGUCAAGAAGAAAAAAUGUCUCGUGAAAAAGCUUUGAAUCUGCAACCGUAUGGGCUCUGCUUCUCACCUAGCUUGCCUUCAGUCAGUCUCACGGAUGGACAUUCUCCUUCUGCAGUUUCUGUCUUGUCUGGAAUCUCAGGGAACAGCGGUGAAACUGGACAAAAGGAAGAUACUCGUCUUAAGCUUGAUGGCGUGAAGAAGCUUUGGGGCAAAGAGGGUUACCUAUUUAAAAAGGAAGGUACAUCAGUUGAGCCAGAGUCUAUUUCAGCCCCUCUGGACAGCGUGGUUUCACUGAGUGGGAACAAGAAACCUCAACGGACUGAUGAGAGUUUGGCGCCCAUUACAGAGGAAGAGAAAGAGAAGAGGCAGCUAGCUUCUACCCUGUUUGUUGGCCUUGGGUCCAAUGCUGUCAGCCUGAUGGGUAAAACAGAGCAUACGCCAAAGAAGUUCAAAAGGAAAUCAAAGAUGGGUAGAAAUAAAGUAAUGAAUGAAGAGUCGUCUUCCCUGCCCAGCCAUCUCUCUUCUGAUGGAGACAGCUGCACUCCACCAACAUCUGACAUGCACUUGAUGAACUCUAGGUUACUAGAUUCCAACGCAUCAAGAGAGCAACUUGAUACUCUAGGGGAAGGGGGUGUUUCUUCAUCUUUGUUUGCCAACACUAACAUGGAUAUUAUCAAAACAUUGCAAACCACUUUGCCUAAUGAAGAAACUUGCAGUGUGUCCCACGUGCCAUCCCUGAUGCCUGAUCUUGCCCAGUACCCUCAUUCAUCUGUCAGAGAGACUGCAAGCAAUGACGCUUUAAGUCUAUACUUUAGCAAAGUAUGGAAAGAAGAAAGUUUGCUGCUUGCCAUAAUAAUUGUCAAUAGGACUUCUUCAGGAAUUCAGAAUAUCAGUGUUAAUUUUGAAGAUUCACAAAACUGCGCGAUCUCCUCAAGUCUUCGUUGCCAGUUCUCCCAGGUUGAUGCACUUGGCAGGCAGCAGUGCUGGGGCAGUGUACAGAUGCUGAGCCCUUGCUCUACAGAAGCAGUGUAUGGCUGUAUCAGUUACCAGUCACAGCUGGAGGAGCCUUCUCAGCUCACGUUUUCUGUAGAUUUCCAGCUGGUGGACUUUAUAAGACCUUUAAGUAUUUCAACUGAAGAAUUUGGCAAAAUGUGGCCUUCGUACACAAGUGAACUGAAACACAAGAUAACAGUCGUCAGUGGCCAGAAGUCUCUCACAGGGGUUCUUCGCACCUUACAGCAGGGAAUUAACCUUUAUAUUGUCGAAAUUAUAGGUGAUGAAGGGUUAGCUGCAUGCCAGAUGCUCCCCACAGUGCCCUCCCUGCUACACUGUCACUUCAGUUCUGGGCUUCUGACAUUAUGGAUCAGAUCACUUUCUUCCACUCUGCCGGACUGUUUACUACAUCAGUGCCAAAAGGCAUUAGAAGAACAGUGACCAUUGUUGCCUACUUCUAGCAAUGCUGAUGUUUACAUGGUUGCAUCCUUUGUACUGAAUGCCAAAGCUACAUUCUAGCUACCAAUCCGUGGACUCCUGAGUGUACAGCAUGGUGAAUCGCUACAAGACUUAAAAAGAGAUUUUUUUUUAUUGAACUUUUUUACUAAACUUUUUUUUUUUUCAUUUCCCAGCAAGUGAUGUGUUUCAGUACCUGCUAAUUUAUUUUGCACAAUCAUGAAUGUAAAAAGGUUUUAU